GAACAUUUGUGAUUGUGUCUUCCGAAUUAGACAACUUUCUUAUUAAAUCCCUUUUAACCUACGAAAUACAUGUAUAAAGAUUUACAGAUUUUAUUCAACGAAUCGAAGCAUUAGCUGAAAGAGUAUAUAUUUACAAAUCGAUGUACUUACUAGAUCGCAACGUUUUAUGAUUAGUAUAUCAGUUGCAGGUUGGAUUAUUGCGUUCUAUAAUUAACAAAAUGUCGUUAGCAAGUUUAUUACCUACACCAUCUCAGGUCGUGUGGGAUAGAGAAGAUGAAGCAAGGGAACAGAAAUUACGACAGAGACCUGUAUCUGCUCUUGUCAAAGCUGUUGUUACUGCUCCACCAUAUGGCCAACGUAAAGGAUUUGUGCCAAGAAAUCCAGAAGAUUUUGGAGAUGGUGGAGCAUUCCCAGAGAUUCAUGUAGCCCAAUAUCCACUUGGGAUGGGAAUGAAGGGAAAAGAAACCACCAGUAAUGCUUUAGCAGUACAGCUCGAUGCUCAAGGAAAAGUGAAAUAUGAUGUUGUUGCUAGACAAGGUCACUCUAAGGAUAAGAUCGUGUACAGUAAACUGAGUGACUUAUUACCUUCAGAAAUUACAAGCGAGGAAGAUCCUAGUUUGCAACGUCCACCCAAUGAAGAAAUUGAUGAACUCACAGAAAAAACUAAGAAGGCUUUGGAGAAGAUAACAAGAUCAAAGAUAGCUGCAGCAAUGCCUGUAAGAUGCGCGGAGAAACAAGCUCCUGCGCAAUACAUUCGAUAUACACCUUCCCAACAAGGACAAUCAUUUAAUUCUGGGGCUAAACAAAGGGUUAUUAGAAUGGUGGAGGCUCAGAUAGAUCCUUUAGAACCACCAAAAUUCAAAAUUAAUAAAAAAAUACCGCGAGGUCCUCCAUCACCUCCAGCGCCAGUGAUGCACUCGCCUACGCGGAAAGUAACAGUGAAAGAACAGAAAGAGUGGAAAAUACCGCCCUGUAUUAGUAACUGGAAAAACGCGAAAGGAUACACGAUCCCGCUCGAUAAACGACUAGCUGCAGACGGUCGUGGGUUGCAGCAGGUUCACAUAAAUGAGAACUUUGCUAAGCUGGCUGAGGCUCUUUAUAUAGCAGAUAGGAAAGCUCGAGAGGCGGUAGAAAUGCGAGCACAGCUUGAGAAGAAACUUGCCCAGAAGGAGAAAGAGAAGAAAGAGGACCAUUUGAGACAACUAGCGCAGAAAGCUAGGGAAGAACGUGCUGGUUUAAAAUCAGCAGCUAUGGAAAAAUCGGAGGAGUCGCGGGAAAGAGAUCAACUCAGGCAAGAACGACACAAAGACCGUGCUCGAGAGCGGAAUUUGGCGCGUGCUGCACCUGAUAAGCGUUCUAGAUUGCAACGUGAACGAGAACGCGACAUCAGUGAACAGAUUGCACUCGGUUUACCAGCAAAGAGUAUUCCUAAUACCGGAGAAGCACAGUUUGACCAAAGAUUGUUCAACACUAGCAAAGGAAUGGAUAGUGGUUACGGGCAUGAUGACGAAUAUAAUGUUUAUGACAAGCCCUGGAAAGAUUCUAACUCUAUCGGCUCUCAUAUAUACCGUCCUAGUAAAAAUAUUGAUAAAGAUACUUACGGAGAUGAUUUAGAGAAGCUUGUUAAAACGAACAGAUUUGUUCCGGAUAAGGAAUUCAGUGGAACUGAUAGAUCAACGACACGCUCAGGACCAGUACAGUUCGAGAAGGAUGAGGAAGAUCCUUUUGGUUUGGAUCAGUUCUUGAAGCAAGCCAAGCGUGCGAGCAGUUCUACUACCACAACAACAAAACGCAAAGACGAGCGGGAACAACGGAGAGACGAUCGCGACAAACGAAGGAAACAUUAACUUUCUUUGUUGUUUAUCUGUUCUUAUUAUUUUAGAACAAUUUUCCUUUUUUUAAUGUUAUAUAAGUUAGUUAUAGUUAGUUAGUUAGUUAUAGUUAGUUCUAGAUUCAAGUAAAUGAAGCUUAAAAUUAGUCGUUUCUAUCACUUUGAUAAUUUAGUCAGUGAUCGGUUUUACAAAUACGACACAGAUACAAAACAUUCAAACAAGCAUAAAAUGCCUUACAAUUUUUAAGAACGGUAUUCAUUUGUAAUUCUUAACACUGUGCUGCGAAAGAAGUAAACUUUUACAAAAAAAUGAAAGGAUGUACACGAACUGAUUGAAAUUGCUAAAUAUAUCGAUUACUUAGUAUAAUAAACAACAA